AUGCCCUCCUCCUGUACAGCCGGGUAUGCCGCACUAACGCCAAGGCCAGUUGGAGUAUGUUUCUUUGUACACAGACACACCAAGGCCAGUUGGAAUGCAGGGACUCUUACGGUUACGGUGGUACUGCCCGCCCCUUCGCACGCAACACCAGCCGGCGGUUGCCGCCUUGCACUUGCAGUUGCACUCCCCGCCGCAUUCUUCUUUCCCUCCCUCCACGAGUCACGACCAUCUCCAGCAACCGAACGAAACGCAUCCCUCCACGUCCAAAGCGGAAGCAAAUCCAUGGCGAACCGGGCCGCGCUCUCGCCGCGCCCGAUCCUAGCCAUCUCCCUCCUCCUGUGCCUGGCGCCGCUGCGCCCCACGGCCGCGCAGGAGCAAUGGCCGCAAUACCCCAUCACGCCGCGGCCGGCGUUCAUGUUCCGAUGGGUGGACGACAACGGGUCGUUCCGGGCCGGCGACACCGCGACCGUCAUGAUCACCUCUUUCUACAUCCCCGACGCCAACGUCUCCGAGGUGCGGCGCAAGGCGGCCUUCAAGGUCACCCUGCACGGCCACGGCGACAAGGCCGGCAACACCAGCUACCUCACCGACGUCGCCGUGCACCUCGAGGGCGACCUGCCGUCCUGGAACAUCACCCUCGUGCCCUUGCGGGCCGGGGACUUCGUCGCGCUCUUCGAGGAGGAGCGGUUCUUCCUCGGCGUGGACACGCUCAACUUCGCCGUCGCCGCCCGGGACGUGAGCCCGUCCGCCUCCCUGGCCUCCUGGACGCACCUCGGCGGCCGCCGCGUCGCCGCCGGGUCCAGGGCGUUCGUGUCCGUCUUCCCCAGGGACGCGCUCGGCAACGGCCUCCCGCGGGGAGCCGACAUGCCCUUCGGCAACUGGUACUUCGCCGUGUCCUGGUCCUACGUCAACGGGACGCCCGUCCAGUUCUCGGGCCUCGAGUACAACGGCUGGACGGAGGACGCGUGCAUGAGCAUCGAGUUCGUGCCGACUCUCGCCGGGGACUUCCUGGUGCACGUUCAUGCCGACAACACCAAACUGCGCGGCUCGCCAUUGCCGCUCACAGUGAAGCCAGGACUCAUCGACAUUGCGAAAAGCACGGCCGAGUGGAAGCAUGGAACGAACGCCGUGCAGAUAUUCUCCAAGCUGGAGAUCUUCAUAAACCAGAGGGAUUCGUUCGGAAACCUCGUCCCGGGGAUCCACUCAUUCGAUGCUGCGGUGGUGGAGAGCGCCUCAAGGCUGUCGGUCCCGGUAGGGGGGCUCCGGAUCGAAGCUGUCGCCGAGGGAAUCCAGCGGCUCUCCUUCGACGUCGUGGAGCCCGGGGAGUUUGUGCUCACAAUCUUUGAAACUCACCUCAAGCAGAGGCUUUCCGAUACGGUGUACGUGUAUCAUGUCUUUGUAGGGUAUUGCGACGGAUCGAAAAGCAUUGUUAAUGGUUCUGGUUUGGUGCAAUCUGUUGCUGGCUCACCAUCAUCAUUCAUGGUUUACCUGGUGGAUCAGUAUGGAAGCCCUUCUCCGAUUGAUACCAAAAUGCUGCGAGUGCAGAUUCUGAGCAGAAAUGGCACGUCUGGUGUAAACCCAGUCAUAACACCUGUAAGAGAACCAAAUGAGACGAUAUCCACGGAUGGACAAACAAGUAAUUUCAAUGUCUCGUAUACUCCUGAAAUUGCCGGCGAGUAUGAAAUUUGGGUCUUGUGCGGGAACGUAGCGCUGAAUGAUGGAAAACCCUAUAACAUGACAGUCUCACCAGGUGCAGUUGACACAUCUUUAUCAACCGCUCCAAUGUUUGAUCCAAAAGCCAAAAGAUCAGUCAGAAACAAUGUAACCGUUCGACUUGUCGACUCAUUCAUGAACCCAGUGGUAUCUCUGGAGCCCAAACUGAGGCUUCAGCUAACAUCUGCAAAUGUAACGGCCCCGAUGAACGCGUCAAGUUUCACCGCGGGGGAAUUUGUCAACAACAGAGAUGGAUCAUAUACUGCUCAUUAUGUGGCUAGGUAUCUUGGUUUAUAUGGCAUGUGCAUUCUGUUUGACAGCAGGCAGCUGGCUCCUUGUCCAUUCCAGGUCCUUGUUCUUCCCGACGAAUACUUCUCUGAAGUUCGGGAAGAUCACAUUUCAGUUUGGGAGGAUGAAUCUGUUUCCUUUGAUAUCUUGUCAAAUGACUACAUUGCAGUAGGACUAGCUGACGUAGUUAAUUUAUCUUCACCACUCCAUGGAGCAGUCCUACAGUACAACCCGGGCUAUCGCUACACACCUUUUGAACGGUUUUUUGGGAAUGACUCCUUUUCAUACACAGUAUCUGAUAAGCAUGGCAACGUUGUCAGUGGCACAGUGUUCAUAUCUGUUCUGUGCAGACCACCUCAGUUCAUCUCUUUGCCCAAACAACUGCAUGUUACAGAAGAUAUAAUUGGCCCAAAGUUUGGCGGGUUUCCGGGGAUUGAAAUGACAUAUUCAGACACAUCAGAGAACAUAUCGGUUACAGUGAGAGCGCAGCACGGCAAUGUUCUUCUUGCUCCAGUGCCAAUGAAACAACAUCUAUUAGAUGAUACGCUUUCAAUCAGCAGGGUAGGCAGGUCUAGCCAAGCCUUGAAAAUACAAGGGGUGGUGGAGGAAAUAAAUGGAGCGCUAAAAUAUCUUCAGUAUAUCGGAAACCAAGACUUCUACGGAGAUGAUGUUAUAAUGCUAUAUGCGAGGAACAGGAAUGGUAGGCAUCGUGAUGAGUUACACGUCUCCGUGGAGCCGGUCAAUGAUCCUCCGGUUAUACUGGCUCCGAAAUCAAUUUUCUUGGGUGGAAAAGAAUCAAGAGAUGGAUAUCAAAUCUUUGACAAGCAGAGAGACCCAUUUGAGUUCUCAAUCGUCGAACCAGAUCUUCGUUGGUACCCAGGGAACAAGUCUCACCUUCUGCUAGUGCUCUCCUUGGAAGUCUUUGAAGGAACCUUGAUGAUGACAUUGCCAGCCAGUCUCGUCGGCAGGGCGGAGCUGAAGACUGGUGGCAGUAACCAGUGGCAGUCGCUUCAGACCUAUGUGGCCAUUGCACAUCACUUGGUCUUGAGAGGAACUGGCAUCAGGCUCCGCUUGGAUGUCGCUGACUGCAACAGCGCAAUGCACCGGCUGUUUUACCAAGGUGGUCCAAGCCAUGGCACAAGCUUAUCCAUCACCGUAGAUGACCUGGGGAACUACGGGUGCUACCCAGAUUGUUCAGAGAUGAUGUCAAGGCCAUUGCAGGCGGCGAAGACUGUCCAGCUGAGCAAAAGGAAAGCUAUGAACUCAACAAGAGCCAUCUUGACCGGAUCGGCAAUCGCAAUCGAGAUCCUGGCAAUGCUGUGCCUUGGCGGGGUUCUCCUGUAUUUCCUUGUGAAAUGCAUGUGUGCCCUGAGGAUUGAACGAACAAGAGGCCGCCCCGGCAAUGAAGUUCGCACAUCAGAACGAACCAUGUCCCAUCAACUUAUGAGUUCGUCACCCUCGGAUGAUGCUGGAUAUAGCUCUGCACCUGCAGCGGUGCUCUCCAUGGGUGGAAACAGAUCGGGUUUUAGGCAGCGGUCUUGUAGGUCAUGGAAGCAGCAAGAACUGGAAAUGCAGCAGUUAUCUGGGAUCAGAAAUGAUGGAAACCAAGAUGAUCAGCCUGUCGUAGACAAGGACAAGUAG